AUGAGAUUGUCAUUGUCAGUUUUACUCUGUUUCGGGUUGGCUUUAACGCUGGCCCAGCAUAAUCCCCAUUGGUGGGGCAAUCGGAAUACCAUUGUCCAUCUCUUUGAAUGGAAAUGGACGGAUAUUGCCGACGAGUGUGAACGUUUCUUGGGUCCACGUGGCUAUGCCGGCGUUCAAGUGAGUCCAGCCAAUGAGAAUAUCAUCUCCGAAGGACGUCCUUGGUGGGAACGCUAUCAACCAAUCUCCUAUAAACUAGUUACCCGCUCUGGCAAUGAAUUGGAAUUCGCCUCCAUGGUUAAGCGUUGCAAUGACGUGGGCGUACGCAUCUAUGUGGAUGUCUUACUCAAUCAUAUGUCUGCCGAUUUUGAUGGAUUGGCCACGGGUACAGGUGGUUCAGUGGCUGAGCCUGCAAAGAAGAGUUUCCCCAGUGUCCCAUACACAGCCGAUGAUUUCCAUGAGACUUGCGAGAUAACCGAUUGGAAUGAUCGAUUCCAGGUGCAGCAAUGCGAAUUGGUUGGUCUCAAGGAUCUUAAUCAGAGCCGUGAUUGGGUGAGGACAAAGUUAAUUGAGUUCUUGGAUCAUCUGAUAGAGCUUGGUGUGGCUGGUUUUCGUGUAGAUGCUGCCAAACAUAUGGCAUCCGAGGAUCUUUCGUUCAUAUACAGUAGCGUGCGUGAUUUGAACAUUAAUCACGGUUUUCCCAACAAUGCCCGCCCCUUUAUAUAUCAAGAGGUCAUCGAUCAUGGCCACGAGACUGUGACUCGCGAGGAAUACAACGAGCUGGGCGCAGUCACCGAGUUCCGUUUCUCGGAGGAAAUUGGCAAGGCAUUCCGUGGCAACAAUGCCCUUAAAUGGCUACAGAGUUGGGGCACCGAUUGGGGCUUUUUAUCUUCCGGUCAGGCACUUACCUUUGUGGAUAACCAUGACAAUCAGCGUGACAGUGGAGAUGUUCUCAACUACAAAUCACCGAAGCAAUAUAAAAUGGCCACUGCUUUCCAUUUGGCCUAUCCAUAUGGCAUCAGUCGUGUCAUGAGCUCAUUCGGCUUCGAUGACCGCGAUCAGGCACCACCACAGGAUGCUCAAGAGCAACUGAUUUCUCCUGAAUUCGAUGUUGAUGGCGGUUGUACCAAUGGAUGGAUCUGUGAGCAUCGCUGGCGACAGAUCUACAAUAUGGUAGAAUUCAAGAACACAAUUAGAGAUACAGAGUUGACCAACUGGUGGGACAAUGGAGAUAAUCAAAUCGCCUUUUGUCGUGGCUCAAAGGGUUUCAUUGCCAUCAAUAACAAUUUGUCCAAUCUGUCAGAGACUCUUCAGACCUGUUUGCCUGCUGGUGAAUACUGUGAUGUCAUCUCUGGCAGCUUGGUGAACGGUGCCUGCACUGGUAAGUCAGUGUCGGUCGAUGGAAAUGGCUAUGGUUAUAUCCAUAUUGGCACUGAGGACUUUGAUGGUGUUUUGGCCAUACAUACCGAUGCAAAAUUAUAAAAAAUAAAAAACGUCAAUUAUAUUAUCAACGA